AUGACAGAACCGAGCAUUGAGAAGACCCAUCACCUGAAAACUUCAGAUACCCCAUCAGGUGGGAGAGGAAGAGUUGUGGAGCAUCCCCAAACCAAUAAGAGCCGUGGACUGGAGACUGACGGUAGGGGGCGAUAUGGAGAUAAACAGCAGCAAGCAGAGAGCGACGGCGGGAUUAUCCCUUCAGACAAGUUGUGGCAAAUGCAAGGCGGACAGAGGGAGGUGUGCCCUAGGUUCGUUGCCGGAAAUGCACUUCCUAAGUGCCCAGCAGCAACACAGCCUUGCCAGGAACCCGGAGCAGAUGCAGCCGGAGAGGCUGGCCUCGUAGCCCACGGAAAUAGUGGAGAUGGACCGCACGAGGAGACCUUGAGUCAAGUGCAAGGCGAGUGUGGGAAGAGAAGCGGCUGUGGCUCUCCGGGCGCCGGGGCAGCUGCAGAUGCGCGUCAGGGCAAGAAGAAACACAGGCGUCGACCAUCCAAAAAGAAGCGUCAAUGGAAGCCCUAUUUUAAACUGUCUUGGGAAGAAAAGAAAAAGCUUGACGAGCGAGAGACAGAACGAGCGUCCCGAGUGAGAGCAGAGAUGUUCGCGAAGGGGUUGCCCGUUGCCCCCUACAAUACAACGCAGUUCCUUAUGGAUGAACACGACCGAGAGGAACCGGAUCUGAAUACCGAAAGUGGGCCCCGGCGUCUGUUGGGGACUGGUGCUCGCCCAGAGGACACCGCAAGUGAGGACGAGCUAUUCGAUGUCGAGGAUGAGGAGGACUAUGGCAGCGGUGGUGGCAGCGACGGCAUCGGGAGGCCUGGAAACGCAGGUGGGGAGUUUCUUCAGAGAGACUUUUCCGAGACCUACGAGAAAUACCACAUCGAGAGUCUUCAAAACAUGUCCAAGCAAGAGCUGGUUCAAGAAUACCUGGAGCUGGAGAAGUGCAUGUCCCGUCUGGAGGAAGAGAACACCCGGUUGCGACGCGCAGCCAACCCGGACAUCACAGAUGAUAGCCAGGUGCCCCAGUCGGAUUCGGCGCGGAUCAGAGAAUUAGAGGGUGAAUUGGAGAGACUGAGGGCGCAGAACAGUGAGCAACGUCCGCAUAACCAGCAGAGCAAGGAGCGGGAGCAGAUUGUCACAUUAGGUGACUAG